AUGUUCCGGCUGCCACUGAGGACACCAGAAUUGGCAGCCAAGUCCCUUAUUUCGAACCAAACCCGUAGCUUUGAAGAUAUCGUGGCUGUGUUGAAGGCACUCGUCGUCAACGCUGGUGAGUUAUUGCUUUUCCUGCAGUGUGUCGAGACGAUUGAGGUCCAUGUUCGUAACUUUGGUGGGCCUUGGUGCUGCCUAGGCCGCUCCUGGAUCCGCACUUCCUCGCUCUACGCCUUGGAACGCAUGAGGAAGGAACGGCUGCUGCUCCGUACAAUGCUAGCAAAAGAUGCCAAACGAGUUGCUCGAAGGCUCGGCGUGCUUAUGGAGGUGGUCACGGACUCUUUGGAGACCAGGGGUGGGAUGAAUCGCCGCUCGCACGCUUGGCUCUUAGCCUUGCGAAGCGAGCCUGUGGAGAGCAAGGAGGUUGGUUCUGGACCCGCGGAGGAUGAGCUGCCAAGUCAUCGUAUUGCAGCCGUGGCUGUGCCACUCUCCCCAGAAGACUUCAAAGGGCAAGCCUAUUGCUUCCUUCCACUGUCCUUGGCUACAGGAUUGCCGGUCCACGUAUCUGCUAACUUUGCCUUGACUGCAAAUCGGCGUGACUUGUGGAGGCGCAGUGACGACCGAGUUGCCAGCGAGAGCCAAUGUAGAGCAGCUUGGAAUGAGACCCUAAUAGAGACUACAUGCCCGAGAGCCUACGCCGACGCGUUGGAGCUCUUAGCUGGCGGUGUUGUUAUGCAGAAGCUCGAAGAGAACACGCUCCCCUUCCCUGCUCUGAAUACCAUAUCUGACAAACUGCAGCAAGAGUUGCCCAGUUUUAGAGAUGGCCUGUGGCAUUUCUGGCCUGGAGGGGAAGUUGAGGGCCACUUCUCAGCUCUGCCCAUGUGUGUAAGCAAGGAGCUAGUGUGCCGUGAGGCGGCUGUGUUUUUAGAUGACCAGCAGAACUUCCAGACGGCCAAGUCUUCCCUGCUAUGCCGGGAUGAUGACUUCGCAUGUCUCAAGGACGAAAUGCGCGCAGCGCUCCGAAGACUCUGCUUGACGGGGCGGCAGCGGACCGUGGUGCAGGCUCCGGCAAGAAUAGCUGACACUCUUGCCGAGGUCAAGGGAACCACGUGGCUUCAGCCACAGUCCCUGGCUAACAUGCUGAAAGGCUUCGACACCAAGCAAGCGACCACUGCGGAAGCUGACGCGCUCGUGGAGUAUCUCCUUUCCCCUCAAGGGGCAGGACCUCUGGCGCUGUUGCAUGGUCUCAGGCUGUGUCCGCUUCUUUCAGGCCGCAAGGGCACAUUUCUGCAUCGCGUGGAGGGGCAGGAGUACUUCUGGUCAGCUGACCCGAAUAUGCAGGAGCUUCUUCCAGACGAAGAAUUCGUGGAUCCGUCUUCCCGUACUUUUGCCCUGCUGAAACCAAGGGUGGCCAACUCCCACCUGAACAUCUGCUUGCUGAACAGCAAGGCUUUGGCAAAGCUGCUGCCAAACAUUUUGCCACCAUCAUGGCAGCUCAGCGGGCAGGUUGUUGUUACUGACAGCAGACAGAUUGAGGUGGACGGGAGGUCUCAAGAUGUGCUGCGGAAGGAGUUCAUGGCAUCGCAGCGUAAGGCAGCCCCUAAGCGCGGCGCCCUGCCCAAGAAGAAGCAGCAAGCCCGCAAACUGCAAAACACCAGGAAGUCGAAUUCCGUCAUGGAAGAAACGUGGGAUGACGAGGACUAUGAUGACUGGCACGAUGAGGAAGAGGAGGCAACAGAGGCAACACGUGCACUGCCACCUUGUCCACAGGUUGCAACACCACCCUGUCCACUCGUGUCCCUGGAAGAGUUGGAGAGGCUAGUGCAUCGCUGUCGCCUCAUGUGGAAGCUGGUGGAAGACCACCAAGAUGCUGGGAGCUCCAUGGAGGCACUCCUCAACUUCCCCUGUGUGCCGGUGGAAGCAGCAACUGCGCCCCAUGUCGGGGUGAAUGGGCAUUUGCGUCUUGUCAGUGUACGCUGUGCACAGGCCAAGCACAUGGCUGCUGUUGAGGACUUUUCAGUUGAGGAAGUGAGGCUCCUGGAGUCCUUGGGCGUAGCUCUUUUGAGGCCAGGUAAGAAGCUUCGAAACGCGGUGGGCUUGGACCGGGCUUCGGUGGUGCGUGCACUUUGCCAUGCCAUUGAGAGUGAGCUUGGAUCCCCUGCAGCUGUGGCAGCAAGUGGCCCCAGCGCUCGUCUUCACAUGGGGCUAAAGGUAGCCAGGUUGCCUGUUGAGAGGGCUCUUCCACUGCAGCGCCUCGUUUGCUCGGUGCUGCGCCGGGAAAACAAGAAGGAGGCCGAACGUUCUUUGUCGCUUCCCAUCUUCCCGACAGUGGGCGGCAAGUUUGCGGUCCCGCUCAUCCCUGCCAGUGCUUCCAUCAUGAGCCCAAACGAUGCAUGGGACGAGUCGCUGAGUCCCCAUUUUCCGGACUUUUUGAUAAGCUGGGAGGGGGCAGCAGGUGAGUUACUGCGAGAGUUCGAGGUUCAGCGCCCUUCUUUGGCCAACUUUCUGGCAAACUUCUGCGCUCCACGUGCUGGGCUUUUUGACCAGCAGCUCUCCCUGCACUUCCUGGAGAGCAUCGCUGCUCUCGGGACUGUCUUCAAAGCUUCAGGUGCCAGCAGGGACUGUGAGAAGUUGGCCCAAGUCUGCGAGGCGGCACCGGUAGUGGUCUUUGAAGCAGAACCUGGCAAGGCCCCCCACCGGUGUCGAUGCUCAGACCUGGUUGAUCCGGACGAUGCGGACAUCAGCCGAUUCCUGGGAAAUGCCGCAUCCCUGCCUCCGCAGCCUUACUGCACUCCGCUGAUUCUCUCAGUUCUUCGCAAAGCUGGACUACGCAGUUUGGCAGAUGAGGCCCUCUUCCUGAGAGCAGCACAGCGUGCAGAGGCAUUGGCACAAAACGGAGGUCCUGGCACUGCAGAGCUAACUUCAACGUUGCUAGCGCAGCUGGUGAAGAGAUUCCAUGGCCUGAAGUGGCAAAGCCAGACCUACUCCUCACUGAGCCGCCUAAGAAUUUUCCCAGCCUUGCCUGCUUCGUCUCGCGCUGGGACUCGGCCACCCAGCGAGGCGCCCCAGAACCGCGAUUGCGUGUCGCUAGACACGCCGUGCACACUUUUCGAGCAUGCACCGCUCGCGUGGACACAGUUGGCUCUGCUGGAUCCCCAGACCUUCAGCUCAUGGCCCAAAGCGCUUCUGCAACGCUUUGGUUGCCUGCAGGAUCCCCCCUCGCUUGAAGUGGUUGUGGCGAACCUUGCGGAGAUCGCGCGGAGGUGGUCGCAGGAGACUCUACCCCCAGAGGCUCACGCAGAGUUACGUCGGGAGACCAUCCAGCAUCGACAGCAGGUCGUCGUGCAGCACCUGAAAGCUUUUCAGCCAAUGCUGCACAAGCGCAGCCACGCAACCCAGAUCAUGGUGCAGCAUCAGUUGAGCAACGUGAACUUCCUGGUCCUGGACGAUGGUGUGCUGGCAAGCCCAUGCAGUGUUUUCACUGCUCUUCAUGAAGGUGCAGAUGCGUCAGAUGACGAGGGUCAGGGCUAUCCGGCACGCAAGCGUCGAACGCAAGGUUCCUGGAGCUUGCCAGGCUACAUGCGCCCCUUCCGGCGCCUGCUGUUAGGCGUUGCUGGACCUGCAGUUCAUUUGAAGCGGCAGCUUCCGCAGAUCCAUGUGCCACCUGCGCCAACCGCAUCAAUUGUGCCGGCGUUCAUCAAGACCUCCCUGAACAAGCCAGAGCUUGCCGACGUCAUCUUCGUCCUUGAGGCGGAGACUGGCCUGAAAGAGAUUUACGCACAUCGCCUGGUCCUUGCAGCGGCUUGUGAUCAUUUUCAGGUCCUGUUCACCUCCAACUGUGCGGAGGCGCAGGAGCCACGCUGUCGUUUGGCGUUGCCAGACUGGGUCUCUUCCCGCGCCUUGCUUUGGCUUCUGGCUUAUCUCUACCAGGGAUUCGACCCCCGAGAAGCGCAGGAGGCAGCGUACCGGCUGGAUCGCGGCCUCGUAGCCUCCGAGGCGCCGGCGGCCGUGGCGGCCAGAAGGUCGCAACGCCCGCCCCAUCGAACGCCCUGCUGGGAUACCGACACCGGAGAGGACCUGUGUUGUCUGCUUCGACUCUGUGAGUUCUACGAUGUGAACCACCUGAAGAAGUGGACUGAGCAUGAGCUUGGCAAACUGCUAACAGCGGAGAACUUGAUUGCGCUCUCUACGCAUGCCUACUUCUGCAAUGCCAAUCAGCUGCUCAACGUGUGCAUCUAUCACCUGAGGAGUCAAUAUGCUGAACUUGUCGGCGUGGAGGAGUGGGAGUCGCUUGAACCGGCAAUCCGCGAGCUGGUCCUGACAGACGCGACCGCAUCAGCUGAGGCGGCUCAGUGA